GUGAGGCUCGCGCUGCACGGUGUGUGAGAAUCCUGGGACUUGGUGAUGUCAAACUGGUUGGGUCAUUUGAAGGUUAGCUGCCUCGCAUGGGUUCAUAGAAAGUUCACUCGCAUAUAUUAGGCAAUUCAAUCUUUCAUUCUCUGUGUCCAAACUAGUAGGAAAUGAGCUGCAUGGAGGCAGGAUAACCCAUUCGUUAUCCGAACGGGGAGACGUGGUUUUAAAACGCGAUCUGUGAUAUUUAUAAGAAAAAUAUUUUCAAUACGGCGGGCUCGAGCGAGGACGGAGUUGUUAAUGGCACGGCACGGGACGGGACCGUGCAAAACAUUUAUACGAUAAACACGUUGGGACGUUACGGAGCUGACUGACACCUUUUCAUUGCAACAACCGGACUCCGGAGGAAAAUGGCAAAUCAUAAUUUGGGUCAAUUACAAGCUUUUAGCGGUGUUGUCUGUCAUAGUUCUUGAUUGUUUUAGUCUAGGAAGAAGACCAAGAUUUUACGUGCCAAAAAAGGGUCCGAAUUUGAUGGAGUUGUGUGCACUUAUGUUUGCGAUUCUUACCCACACCUCAAUGACCCUUUAAAGGCACACAAUAACAGGGUGACUGUUGCGACUAAGGGACAUCAUGUUUGACUGUAUGGAUGUGCUAGCGGUGAGCCCGGGACAAAUGUUGGAUUUCUACACUUCGCGUCCCUCUUCGUGCAUGCUGCAAGAGAAGGCACUGAAAGCGUGCUUCAGCGGGCUCGCUCAGAGAGACUGGCAACACCGCCGGAGCGCACAGUCCAUCGAGACCCAGAGCACCAGUUCUGAGGAGCUGGUCCCAAGCCCCCCGUCCCCCCUGCCCCCGCCCCGCGUCUACAAGCCCUGCUUCGUGUGCCAGGACAAGUCCUCGGGGUACCACUAUGGUGUCAGCGCCUGCGAGGGCUGCAAGGCCAUGCUGGCUGAGUUGCUUCUCGUUUGA